CUGCUCCGGGAUCGCAGAGGACGGUGGGCGCCUCUGUGGUGCACGGGAGAUGGCAGCCCAGGAAGAAGGGACUGUGCUGCGUCUCAGCCCCUCGGAUGAGGAGGACGAGGAGGAGGAGGACGAAGAGGUGGCGGCCGCACGGAGAGCGCAGCGCUUUGCCCUGGACCCGCGGGUGCGCUUCGUGGGAGGCCGGCUGCGCCAGGCGCUGGCGCUCGGGGAGGAGGCAUGGAGCCAGUACCUGGAGAGCGAGGACCACCGGCGAGCCCUCGGGGAGUUUCUGGAGAGCACAGGUCCAGCCAGCCUGGUGUUUAGUGUCGCGACCGCGGGGCAGCUCUCGGCUUCCUCCGAGAUUCCAAGAGAUGUGAAGCACAAGCUGGUUUAUCUCGCCAAGAAGAUGACUGAAAACGUGGGAGAAAAUGGCUUCUCUCAAGCGGUUUUCUUUGGAGAGCUACCGUCAUCGCUGCUCACACAUUUAACUGUGUUCGUAGAUGAGAUAUUAGUCCCGAUUCUGUCCAAUAAGAACAAUCAUAAAUCCUGGUCGUGUUUUAUUUCACAAGAUAUGGAACAUCACAUAGAAGUCAUGAAAAAUAAGAUGCAUAUUUUUAGGGGCAAAAUGUCAAGAAGGACUCACCUACCAAUUCCUACAAUUGCAGAGACUAUUGACCUGGAUCAGCAUUACUCAGUGACCAGGCUACAGUCAGAAGAGAGGAGAAUACUCCAUGCCAUUGAAUCUGUAGUCAUUAAAUGGUCGCAUCAGAUCCAAGAAGUUAUAGGAAAAGAUUCAGCGCAGCCCCUGUUGAGCGGCCUCCACCCAACGCCUGAGACAGAGCUGGACUUCUGGGCUAUGCGGCAUGAUAACCUGAAAUGCAUAUACCAUCAACUUCAGGCUCCUGUUGUCCUCAAAAUGGUUAAGAUACUGAGAACAAGACAGAGCAGCUAUUUUCCUGCUCUGAAGGGCAUCUUCACCACUGUAGAGAAUGCUCUUCUCGAAGCCCGCGAUGUGGAACUUCACCUAAGACCUCUGAGGAGGCACAUCCAAGGCCUCCAGGAGGCAGAAUUCCCACAGACCCAAAUACUGGUUGCCCCGUUGUUUCACACCAUCUAUCGCAUCUGGAGCCAUUCCAAGUUUUAUAACACCCCUGCCCGGGUUAUAGUUUUACUGCAAGAGUUUUGUAACCUCUUCAUUGACCAGGCCAGGGCAUACCUAUCGCCUGAAGAGCUUCUGAGGGGAGAGAUUGAAGACGCACUGGAAAAGGUGCGGGUGGCCGUCGGCAUCUUAAAGACCUUCCGGAAUUCUUUCUUCAAGUAUCAGAAGGGAUGGACACACUACUUCACAGGGAACGCGGAGCGGAGACCCUGGGAUUUCCAGGCUCACCUGGUGUUUGGCAGAUUUAACAAAUUUCUUGACCGGCUGGUAAAAAUAGAGGAUAUAUUUGUCACCAUACUGGAAUUUGAAAAACUGGAAAGACUGGAAUUUGGUGGCACCAAGGGAGCCAUCCUCAAUGCACAAAUCCACUUGAUGAGUGAAGAAUUUAUGGAAUGCUGUGAAGUAUUUCAACAGAGCGUUUACGACCCGUCUGACUGUGAUGACAUGGGGUUUGAAAGCGAUUAUUUCAAAUUUAAGUCCAAAACCCUGGAUUUUGACAGAAGGCUUGGCACGCUCCUUUGUGAAGGUCUCUGCACCUGCUGUGAUUUGGGAUCUGCGUUUAAGCUGUUGACCAUAUUUGGGAAUUUUCUAGAGAAACCAGCUGUCAUGGAAAUUUUCAGCCCACAUUACGGCACGUUAUUGAACAUGUUUAAUGAAGAGUUGGAUAUGUGUAAGCAACUGUAUGGUGACCACAUGAACCGGAUUGAACGCGGUCAUGAAAUUCUCAGCAAGAACAUGCCGUUCACCUCUGGGAACAUUAGGUGGGCCAGGAUGCUGCUUGAACGUCUUCAAAUGCUUUGGUCAGACUUCGCAUCCCUCCGUCAUCUGUUCCCGGGCCAUCCUGACGAGGCUGCAGUCUGUCAGAAGUAUGCCCAAAUGACCGCUCUGCUGGGCCAAUUCGAAAGUCAUAUCUAUAACGAAUGGAGAAGAAACGUGGAUGAAACCUGUGAAUUCAACCUGAACCAGCCCUUGCUUAAAUUCAGUGCCAUCGACGGCCUUCUCAGUGUCAACUUUGACCCUAAGCUUGUGGCGGUGCUAAGAGAAGUCAAAUACCUUUUGAUGCUGAAGAAAUCCGACAUUCCAGAUUCAGCUUUAGGCAUUUUCCAGAAAAGGAACACUAUUUUAAAGCACAUUGGGAAUCUUGAGCUCCUCGUACAAGGCUACAAUAAACUGAAACAGAACCUUCUGGAAGUUGAGUACCCUCUCAUUGAGGAUGAGCUCAGAGCUCUUGACGGGCAGCUCAAGGUGGCCGCAACGCUGCUGACGUGGCAGGGUGACUUCUGGGGCUACAUGGAGAAGGUGCAAGCGACCACCGCUGAGCUGGAGCGCAGAGUGGCGCAGGCGCAGAGCAAUGUACGGACAAUCCAGCAAACCAUGCAGGCCUGGGCAGAGUGGCCGCUGCCGCCCCGCAGGGAGCCCAGAAGAGAGGCGGCUGCCUUGGUCUUGGAAGACAAGGGAGAUCUGUUUGCUAAAAAGUACCAGCUGAUCCGGGAAGAUGGCUGCAAGAUACACAGCUUGGUAGAGGAGAACCGGAAGCUGUUGGGAGCUGAUCCUUCCCUGGAUUCCUGGAAAAUUUAUGUGGAAUUCAUUGACGACAUCGUGGUAGAAGGCUUUUUUCAGGCCAUCUUGCAUGACCUGGACUUCUUCCUGAUGAACACAGAGAGACAGCUAAAACCAGCGCCAUUUUUCCAAGCACAAAUGAUCUUAAUGCCCCCAGAAAUUGUGUUCAAACCCGCUUUAGAAAGAGAGGCUGGGGAUGGCUUUUACGAUCUGGUGGAAGAAAUGCUGUGUGGCAGCUUCCGAGUGUCUGCCCAGAUGGAGCGCGUGGCCGCACACCUGGACAUAGCAAACUACCAGAGCGACAUGGAUAACAUGUUGGGCCUGGCAGAGGUCCGGCAGGAGAUAAUGAAUAGAGUUGCUGAUGUCAUCAACAAAGUCUUGGAGUUCAAGAGUUCCCUGGAGACCUACUCUUACCUCUGGGUAGAUGACCGAGUGGAGAUUCUAAGGAAUUUCCUCCUGUACGGCCAUGCUGUACCGUCUGAGGAAAUUGAUGUUCACGCAAGCGAAGAUGUCCUGCAACCACCGACUCUAGAGCAAUUCAAAGAACAGAUCGACCUUUAUGAGGCUUUGUACAUUCAGAUGAGCAAGUUUGAUGACUUCCGGGUGUUUAACAGUUGGUUCAAGGUUGACAUGAAACCUUUCAAGUUGAGUUUGCUCACAGUGAUCAAGAAGUGGAGCUGGAUGUUUCAGGAGCAUCUGCUAAGAGCUGUCGUCGACAGUCUGGCUGAGCUGCAAGGGUUCAUCAAGCAGACAAACGCAGGGCUUCAGAGACAACUGAGGGAGGGCGACCGCGAUGGCCUAGCUGAUGUCAUGGGCCACCUUCUGGCUGUGAGAAGCCGACAGAGCACUACCGACGAGCUCUUUGAGCCUCUGAAAGAAACCAUCACGCUGCUGGAACGCUAUGGCCAGAAGAUGCCCGAGCACGUCUAUGCCCAGCUGGAGGGAUUGCCUGAAAGAUGGGCAACCACCAAGAAGAUCUCAGCCGUGGUCAGACGCGAAGUCGCCCCACUCCAAAACGCGGAAGUCACUCUUAUAAGGAAGAAAAGCCUUCUGUUUGAUGAAAAGCAAGCAGAAUUCAGAGAGGGAUUCAGAAGCUGUGCACCUUUUGGAUUUGAGGCAGAGGACCCAUACUCAGUGCUUGAUAAGGCAAAUCAGGAGCUCCAGGCUCUGGAGGAAGAGAUGGGGCAGAUGCAAGACUGUGCACGGCUCUUUGAGGUGGCUCUUCCAGACUACAAAGAGAUAAAGCAGUGCCGCAGAGAAAUCCGACUGCUCAAGGGACUCUGGGAUGUCAUCGUUUACGUUAGAAGAAGCAUUGAUAAUUGGACUAAAACCCAGUGGAGACAGAUUAACGUGGAACAGAUGGGUGCAGAGCUCAGAAGGUUUGCCAAGGAUAUUUGGUCACUGGACAAGGCCGUCCGUGCCUGGGAUGCUUAUUCAGGCCUGGAAGGCACUGUGAAGGACAUGACAACCUCGCUGAGAGCCAUCGCAGAGUUGCAGAGCCCUGCUCUCAGGGACAGGCAUUGGCAGCAGCUGACGAAGGCCACUGGGGUCAGAUUUUCAAUAAGCGACACCACCACACUGGCAGAUUUGCUGGCAUUACAGCUGCACCGAGUAGAGGAUGAUGUGAGAGACAUUGUGGACAAGGCAGUGAAAGAGAUGGGCACAGAAAAGGUUAUUGCUGAAGUCAGGCACACCUGGGAGACCCUGCAGUUUUCUUAUGAGGCUCACUAUCGAACAGGCACCCCACUGCUGAAGUCUGAUGAACAGCUUUUUGAGACUCUAGAGCACAGCCAGGUUCAGUUGCAGACUCUUCUUCAAAGUAAGCAUGUGGAGUACUUCAUGGACCAAGUCCUGAGCUGGCAAAACAAGCUAAACACAGCCGACGUGGUCAUCUUCACUUGGAUGGAUGUCCAGCGGACCUGGGCUCACCUUGAGAGCAUCUUCCUUUCUUCAGAAGAUAUUCGAAUGCAGCUCGUGGAGGAUGCCAGAAGAUUCGACGGGGUAGAUGCCGAAUUUAAGGAGUUAAUGUUCAAGACAGCCGAGAAAAAAACCGUCUUAGAAGCAACGUGCAGACCCCACCUCUAUGAGGAGCUUAAGGAUUUUCAGCACAGGCUCUCUCUCUGUGAAAAAGCCCUGGCGGAGUACCUGGAAAUGAAGCGCGUCACUUUCCCUCGCUUCUACUUCAUCUCCUCGGCUGACUUGCUGGACAUUCUCUCCCAGGGAGCCCAGCCGAAGCAGGUAACACGCCACCUUGUCAAACUCUUCGACAGCAUCUCGGAUCUGCAGUUCGAGGAAAGUACGGAAGUUUCCACACACAGAGCAGUUGGAAUGUUCAGCAAAGAAAAGGAGUAUGUCCCGUUCCAGGCCGGGUGUGAAUGCGUAGGCCAUGUGGAAAGCUGGCUUCUGCAGCUCGAACAGACCAUGAAGGACACAGUGCGCCAGGCGAUCACAGAAGCCAUCGCGGCCUAUGAGGAGAAGCCUAGAGAGCUGUGGAUCUUUGACUUCCCUGCUCAGGUGGCUCUAACGGGCUCACAAAUAUGGUGGACCACAGACGUAGGGAUUGCCUUCAGUCGGCUUGAGGAAGGCUAUGAAACGGCCCUAAAGGACUUCCAUAAGAAACAGAUCUCGCAGCUGAACACCCUGAUCACACUUCUUCUGGGCGAGCUUCUGCCUGGUGACAGGCAGAAGAUCAUGACAGUCUGCACCAUCGACGUCCACGCCAGAGACGUGGUGGCAAAACUGAUCUCUCAGAAGGUCGUCAGCCGCCAUGCUUUUGCCUGGCUGUCUCAACUUCGGCAUGAGUGGGAAGACGCUCGGAGGCACUGCGUGGUCAACAUUUGUGAUGCCCGCUUCCAGUAUUUCUAUGAGUACCUGGGAAACAGCCCUCGGCUGGUGAUCACCCCUCUCACUGACAGGUGUUACAUCACUCUAACCCAGUCACUUCAUCUGACCAUGAGCGGGGCUCCAGCCGGCCCCGCUGGCACAGGCAAGACAGAAACCACCAAGGACCUUGGCCGUGCCCUGGGGAUGAUGGUUUAUGUAUUCAACUGCUCGGAGCAGAUGGACUACAGGUCCAUAGGAAACAUCUAUAAAGGACUCGUGCAGACGGGAGCCUGGGGCUGCUUUGAUGAGUUCAACCGCAUUGCUGUGGAUGUCCUGUCCGUGGUGGCAGUGCAGGUGAAGACGAUCCAUGAUGCCAUCAGAACCGGGAAGAGGAGAUUUGUAUUUCUUGGAGAGACUAUCCCACUGCAGCCCUCCGUUGGAAUAUUUAUUACUAUGAACCCGGGAUACGCUGGCCGAACCGAAUUACCAGAGAAUCUCAAAGCUCUCUUCAGACCCUGUGCCAUGGUGGCCCCUGACACUGAGCUGAUCUGUGAAAUCAUGUUAAUGGCAGAAGGGUUUGCGGAUGCGCGCUCCUUGGCCCGGAAGUUCAUUUCUUUGUACACACUCUGUGAGGAACUCCUUUCCAAGCAGGACCAUUAUGACUGGGGACUUCGCGCUAUUAAGUCUGUCUUGGUUGUAGCUGGCUCCCUGAAACGAGGAGAUAAAAGUAGGCCCGAAGACCAGGUGCUCAUGAGAGCACUGAGAGACUUCAAUAUGCCUAAAAUCGUAACUGAUGAUGUCCCGGUGUUCCUGGGCCUGGUUAGCGACCUGUUUCCAGCCCUGGACGUGCCUCGGCAGAGGAAGCCACACUUUGAACAAAUGGUCAAGCAGUCCACCCUGGAACUCCGCCUGCAGCCCGAGGAGAGCUUCAUUCUCAAAGUUGUCCACCUGGAGGAGUUGCUGGCUGUGCGACACUCCGUCUUUGUGGUUGGAAAUGCAGGCACAGGGAAGAGCAAGAUUUUGAGAACCUUGAACCGAACAUAUGUUAACAUGAAACAGAAAGCUGUCUGGAGUGACUUAAACCCUAAGGCUGUGACAACGGAUGAACUCUUUGGUUUCAUACAUCAUGCCACCCGAGAAUGGAAAGACGGCCUCUUCUCAGCCAUUCUGCGAGAGCAGGCAAAUCUCGCACACGAUGGGCCCACCUGGAUAGUCCUGGAUGGGGACAUUGACCCACUGUGGAUCGAAUCCCUCAACACAGUCAUGGAUGAUAACAAGGUGCUGACUCUCGCCAGCAAUGAGCGAGUGGCGCUCACGCCCUCCAUGAGGCUUCUGUUUGAGACCCACCACCUGAGAACAGCCACCCCAGCCACAGUCUCCAGGGCCGGCAUUUUGUAUGUGAACCCUCAGGAUCUAGGCUGGAGUCCGUAUGUGGCCAGUUGGAUAGACAGAAGGCGUUAUCAAUCAGAAAAGGCCAAUUUGACUAUUCUCUUUGAUAAAUACGUCCCUGCAUGCUUGGAGAAGCUAAGGACUAGCUUUAAAACCAUCACUUCUGUUCCAGAGAGCAGCCUGGUGCAGACUAUUUGUACUCUCUUAGAGUGUUUGCUGACUCCUGAGAAUGUACCUUCUGACAGUCCUAAAGAAACCUACGAAGUCUAUUUUGUCUUUGCUUGUGUCUGGGUAUUUGGAGGCGCCCUGUUACGAGACCAACUUUCUGAUUACCAAGCUGACUUCAGUCGAUGGUGGCAUAAAGAAAUGAAAGUGGUGAAGUUUCCGUCUCAGGGAACGAUCUUUGAUUAUUAUCUGGACCACAAGACUAAAAAGUUCUUGCCUUGGGCUGACAAGGUCCCCCAGUUCACCAUGGAUGUCAGUGCACCCCUGAAGGCAGUUCUGGUACACACGCCAGAGACAACUCGUCUUAAGUAUUUCACUGAGUUGCUGCUGGAGAAAGGCAAACAGCUGAUGCUGGUCGGAAAUGCCGGAGUCGGGAAAACAGCCUUUGUGAGCGAUACCCUGGCAGGUCUCUCUGAGGACUACAUCGUGUCCCGAGUGCCUUUCAACUACUACACGACAUCAGCAGCCCUGCAGAGAAUUCUCGAAAAGCCUCUAGAGAAAAAAGCUGGUCGUAACUAUGGUCCAAGAGGAAACAAAAAACUGGUUUAUUUCAUUGAUGACUUGAACAUGCCUGAAGUGGACUUGUACGGCACUGUCCAGCCUCAUGCCCUGCUGAGACAGCACAUGGACUACGGGCACUGGUAUGACCGACAGAAGCUGAUGCUUAAGGAAAUCCGCAGCUGCCAGUACGUGGCCUGCAUGAACCCCGCGGUGGGCAGCUUUACGAUCAGCCCGAGGCUGCAGAGGCAUUUCACCGUGUUUGCAUUCAACUUUCCAUCUUUGGAUGCACUGACCACCAUCUACGGUCAGAUCUUCAGUUUCUGUCUCCAGCAGCAAGCGUUCUGCCCCUUGGUUCUCAAGACUGGGCCCUCUUUGAUCCAGGCAACAAUAGCCUUGCAUCAGAUGAUGACACAGAGCUUUGUACCCACAGCUGUUAAGUUCCACUACAGUUUUAGCCUAAGAGACCUGUCGAACGUCUUCCAGGGGAUUUUGUUUGCUUCUCCUGAGUGUUUAAAAUGCCCCGAAGAUUUAAUGCGCCUGUGGCUUCAUGAAUCAUCCCGUGUUUACGGAGACAAGAUGGUGGACACAAACGAUAGUGACUUAUUUCACAGGAAACUGCUGGAAGCUGCCCAUAAGUGCUUUAAAGGUGCUGAUGACAACACACUGCUGCAGCAGCCCCUUAUUUAUUGCCACUUCGCCGGUGGCGGGGAAGAGCCUUGUUACAUGCCAGUGAAGAGCUGGGAAGGGCUGAAGGCAGUUCUCGCAGGAAUGCUGGACAGCUACAACGAACUCCACUCCGCGAUGCACCUGGUGCUGUUCGAAGACGCUAUGCAACACGUGUGUCGCAUCAGCCGCAUUCUUCGGACCCCUCAGGGCCACGCCCUCUUGGUUGGAGUUGGCGGCAGUGGCAAGCAGAGCCUGUCUCACCUGGCGGCUUACAUCUGCGGCUUGGAGGUCUUUCAGAUCACUCUGACGGAAGGCUAUGGAACCCAAGAGCUCCGGGUAGAUCUGGCCGAUUUGUUCAUCAGAGCCGGAGCCAAGAGCGUGCCCACCGCGUUCCUGCUGACAGAUGCCCACGUUCUAGACGAGAGCUUCCUCGUGUUGAUUAAUGACCUGCUGGCAUCAGGAGACAUCCCAGAUCUGUUCGGUGAUGAAGAUGCAGACAAGAUCAUUUCUGGGAUCCGUAAUGAAGUUCGCGGUCUUGGCAUGGUGGACUCCAGGGAAAACUGUUGGGCAUUCUUUUUGGCCAGAGUCCAACAACAGCUCAAAAUGGUUUUUUGUUUCUCACCGGUCGGUCCUACGCUGAGAGUGAGAGCUCGGAAGUUCCCAGCCAUAGUCAGCUGCACAGCGAUUGACUGGUUCCAUGCCUGGCCACAGGAGGCUCUGGUCUCAGUCAGCAGGAGGUUCAUUGAAGAAAUCGAGGGGAUCGAGCCACAGCACAAAGACUCCAUUAGCCUUUUCAUGGCGUAUGUUCACACCAGUGUAAAGGAGAUGAGUGCCUGGUACUACCAGAACGAGAGGAGGUACAACUACACCACCCCGAGGAGUUUCCUAGAGCAAAUAUCACUGUUUAAGAGCCUGCUGCAGAGGAAGCAGGGAGAGCUGCACCAGAAGAAAGAGCACCUGGCGAACGGUAUCCAAAAACUACAGACCACGGCCUCACAGGUGGGAAAUCUGCAGGCCAGGCUGGCCUCUCAAGAGGCUGAGCUGCGGCUCAGAAACCAGGACGCUGAAGCUCUGAUCACAAAGAUUGGCCUUCAGACGGAGAGAGUGAGCCGGGAAAAGGCCAUCGCCGAUGCGGAGGAGCGAAAGGUGGCCGCCAUUCAAACGGAAGCAUCCAGGAAGCAGAGGGAGUGUCAGGCUGAGUUACUCAGGGCGGAGCCUGCGCUGGUGGCUGCUAAAGCUGCACUCAACACACUCAACAGGGUGAACCUCACGGAGCUGAAAACCUUCCCCAACCCCCCAACCGCUGUCACCAAUGUUACUGCGGCUGUGAUGGCCCUUCUGGCCCCCAGGGGCAGAGUGCCGAAAGACCGAAGUUGGAAAGCAGCUAAGAUCUUCAUGGGAAAGGUUGAUGAUUUCCUGCAAGCGUUAAUUAACUACGAUAAAGAGCACAUUCCGGACAGCUGCCUAAAAGUCGUGCACGAGCAAUAUUUGAAAGAUCCAGAGUUUAAUCCAAACCUGAUCCAGACCAAAUCGUUCGCAGCGGCUGGUCUCUGCGCCUGGGUCAUAAACAUCGUUAAAUUUUAUGAGGUUUACUGCGAUGUGGAGCCCAAACGUCAGGCGUUGGCCCAAACAAACUUAGACCUGGCUGCAGCUACUGAAAAGCUAGAGGUCAUCAGGAGGAAGCUUGUGGAUCUGGAUCGGAACCUGAGCAAACUUACAGCUUCGUUUGAGAAGGCAACAGCGGAGAAGGUUCGGUGUCAGGAGGAGGUGACUCAAACCAACAAGACGAUUGAACUAGCAAACAGACUCGUCGGCGAACUGGAGGCAAAGAAGAUCCGAUGGGGUCAGUCCAUUAAGUCCUUCGAAACUCGGGAGAAGACACUGUGUGGAGAUGUGCUGCUCACGGCGGCAUUUGUCUCCUACCUCGGGCCCUUCACAAGGCAGUACCGCCGGGAGCUGCUGCACUGCAAGUGGAUUCCGUUUCUUCAACAGAAGGUUUCCAUCCCAAUAGCCGAAGGCCUGGACUUGAUUGCCAUGUUGACGGAUGACGCUACAAUUGCCGCCUGGAACAACGAAGGGCUGCCCAGUGACAGGAUGUCAACUGAAAAUGCCACCAUCCUGACACACUGCGAGCGCUGGCCUCUGAUGAUAGACCCUCAACAGCAGGGAAUUAAGUGGAUCAAGAAUAAAUAUGGGCCUGACCUGAAAGUCACACACUUAGGCCAGAAAGGGUUUUUAAAUGCCAUUGAGGCAGCCCUGGCCUUUGGUGAUGUCAUCCUAAUCGAAAACCUUAAGGAAACAGUGGAUCCAGUCCUUGGUCCUCUGCUUGGCAGGAACACCACUAAGAAAGGAAAGUACAUCAGGAUUGGCGACAGAGAAUGCGAAUUUAACAAGAACUUUCGCCUCAUCCUACACACAAAACUGGCAAACCCACACUACAAGCCUGAACUACAGGCCCAGACGACCCUCCUCAACUUCACGGUCACAGAAGACGGCCUGGAAGCCCAGCUGCUGGCAGAGGUGGUCAGUAUCGAAAGGCCAGAUUUGGAGAGACUGAAGCUGGAGUUGACCAAGCACCAAAAUGACUUUAAGAUAGAGCUGACGCAGCUUGAGGAAGACCUUCUCCUGCGCCUCUCUGCCGCUGAGGGGAACUUCCUCGAUGACACUGACCUGGUAGAGCGCCUGGAGACCACCAAGGCCACCGCGGCAGAAAUAGAACGCAAGGUGACAGAAGCCAGAGACAACGAAAGCAAAAUCAACCAGACCCGGGAGUGUUACAGACCAGUGGCGGCGAGAGCCUCCCUUCUGUACUUUGUCAUCAGUGACCUCAGGAAGAUCAAUCCCAUCUAUCAGUUCUCUCUGAAGGCUUUCAACACACUGUUCCACAGAGCCACUGAGCAGGCUGACAAGACGGAGGACACUCAGGAACGCAUCUGUGUCCUCACAGAGAGCAUCACCCACGCCACCUUCCUCUAUGUCAGCCAAGCCCUGUUUGAGAAGGACAAGCUCACGUUUCUGUCCCAGAUGGCCUUUCAGAUUUUGCUGAGAAGGCGCGAGAUCGACCCCCUUGAGUUGGACUUCCUGCUUCGGUUCACAGUUGAGCAUACGUACUCGAGUCCGGUUGAUUUUCUAACUGCUCAGUCCUGGAGUGCUGUUAAGGCCGUUGCCCUCAUGGAGGAGUUCCGAGGCCUAGACCGAGAUGUGGAAGGGUCUGCCAAGCAGUGGAGGAAAUGGGUAGAAUCCGAGUGUCCAGAAAAGGCAAACUUACCGCAGGAAUGGAAGAAGAGAAGCUUAAUACAGAAACUGAUUAUUUUGAGAGCGGUGCGGCCUGACAGGAUGGCGUAUGCCCUGAGAAAUUUUGUGGAAGAGAAGCUAGGUGCAAAAUACGUGGCGAGGACUAGGGUGGAUCUGGGCAAAGCCUUUGAAGAGAGCAGCCCCACCUCGCCGGUGUUUUUCAUCCUGUCUCCAGGCACUGACGCCCUUAAAGACCUGGAGGUGCUUGGCAAGAGACUUGGGUUUACAAUUGACUCUGGAAAAUUCCACAAUGUGUCUCUAGGGCAAGGUCAGGAGCUGGUGGCAGAAAAGGCUCUGGAGAAAGCUGCCACCAGAGGGCAUUGGGUCAUCCUUCAGAAUGUCCACCUGGUGGCCAAGUGGCUGGGGACUUUGGAGAAACUCCUUGAAAAAUUCAGCCAAGGAAGCCACAGAGAUUACAGGGUGUUCAUGAGUGCCGAGGCUGCGCCUUCCCCACAUGAGCACAUCAUCCCUCAGGGCCUCCUGGAAAAUUCCACCAAGAUCACAAAUGAGCCCCCCACAGGGAUGCUGGCCAACUUACACGCCGCUCUGUACAACUUUGACCAGGAUACGCUUGAGAUGUGCUCCAAGGAUCAGGAGUUUAAGAGCGUCCUCUUCUCGCUGUGCUACUUCCAUGCCUGUGUGGCAGGGAGACUGCGGUUUGGCCCCCAGGGCUGGAGCCGCGGCUAUCCCUUCAGUCCAGGAGACCUUACCAUCUGCACCCACAUCCUGUACAACCACCUAGAGGCAAACCCUAAUGUCCCAUGGGAAGACCUCCGUUACCUCUUUGGGGAGAUCAUGUAUGGGGGCCACAUCACAGACCCCUGGGAUCGUAAACUAUGCCGGGUGUAUCUAGAGGAAUUCUUGAAUCCAACUCUGAUUGACGGUGAACUCAUGCUGGCCCCGGGAUUCGCAGCCCCGCCGUACCUAGACUACUCUGGUUACCACCAGUACAUAGAGGACACGUUGCCUCCAGAGAGCCCGGCACUGUAUGGUCUGCAUCCCAACGCUGAAACAGAGGUCCUGACGGUGAUGUCCAACACACUCUUCAGAACUCUACUGGAGAUGCAACCCAGAAAUGCAGUGAGCAGCGAGGACCGGGGUCAGUCCACGGAAGACAAGGUUAAGAGUAUCUUGGAUGACAUUCUGGAGAGACUUCCAGAGGAGUUCAACAUGGCAGAGAUAGCGCAGAAGAGCCCAGACAGAGGCCCGUAUGUCCUCGUUUGCUUUCAGGAGUGCGAGAGGAUGAACUCUCUCAUGCGCGAGAUCCGUGCGUCACUUCAACAGUUAGACCUUGGUUUGAAGGGAGAGCUGACAUUAUCUCCUGACAUGGAAGCCCAGCUGUCUGCCCUGAGUUAUGACCGCAUCCCGGACACUUGGAAGAAACUGGCUUACCCAUCCACUUACGGCCUGGCGCAGUGGUUUAACAACCUCCUCCUACGAUGCCGGGAGCUGGAUACGUGGACUCAAGACCUUGCCCUCCCAGCUGUCGUGUGGCUCUCUGGCUUCUUCAACCCUCAGUCCUUCUUAACAGCAAUUAUGCAGACCAUGGCUCGGAAAAACGAGUGGCCAUUGGACAGAAUGUGCCUGACCAUUGAUGUUACUAAGAAAACAAAGGACGAUUACGGCCACCCGCCCAGGGAAGGGGCUUACCUCCACGGGCUCCACCUGGAGGGUGCCAGGUGGGACAUCCAGUCAGGAGCCCUUGCUGAUGCCCGUCUUAAAGAGUUGACAUCCCUGAUGCCGGUCAUCUUUGCCAGAGCCAUCCCCGUGGAGAGAGAGGAAACGCCUCAGCACACCUAUGAGUGCCCCGUUUACAAAACCAAAAUGAGAGGCCCCACCUACGUGUGGACUUUCAGGCUAAGGAGCAAGGAGAAAACUGCCAAGUGGGUCCUGGCAGGCGCAGCGCUGCUGCUGGAAGCAUAAGCGGGCUUGGUGCUGCGACUGGCGGCUCCUCCUGCCUCAGCCAGACCCAGGGAGCACGUCUUAGUGACAGGGGCGUACAUUACCUGUUAAGACAACUAUUCUUUGAAGAGGG